UUUUUUUUUAUUCCACAAUGCCAAAUGUUUCAACAAACGAUACCAAGGACAGCAAGGAUUCGCAAGUAGACUGUGCUGUUAUGGAUAUGGGCCAAACUGAACCUGCUAUGAAAACAUCAACAAAAAAGACUGAACGAAGUACCGGCAAACCAACACCUGGGUCAGUAGAAUGGUAUGAAAUUCGAAAGGAAAACCAUAAAAAGGUAGAAAGGAAACGACGCGAAACGAUCAACCAAGCCAUGCUUGAUCUUGGAAAGGUGAUACCAGGAAAUGAAAAGAAUAAGUCUCGUAUUCUGAGUCGAGCCGUACAACAUAUUCAAGGACUAGUGGAAGAGGUGGUUGGAUUACGACAACAAGUGGAUCAGUACCGGGAAGCUAAUCUAAAAUAUCAAAAUGAGAUUGCUGAUCUCAAGGCUCGUUUGGAAGCACAAGGUCGUCAUCAGGAUGGUGAUCUACAACAACGAAAUUCUUUGUCUCCUUCAUGAUACAUUCCUUUCAUAUACUCGAUGUCUUUUCUCCCUCUCUUUUUUUUUUUUUUUUGAUUGUUAUUAUUUCUUCAUAUUUACCCUGUCUACUUGUCAUAAUCCUCUCUUUUCUUUUGACUCAAAUUAGGAUAUUUUCUUCAUUCUCCUUUUCUCUCUUCCUUUUCCUCAUUCUUUUUUUUUUUCAUAUCAUUUUCUCUUUUGUCAUAGUAUAAUACAACAUACUCUCAAAUAAAAUAAAAAGGCGAUUUGAAUGAUGCACUGAAUUAUUUGACUUUUGAUGGAUCAACCUUCAUGUUUCUAUUAUUAUUCAUAUUUGUAGAAACAGUUUAUGCCGGUUCUGAUGAAUCACUUUGAUCAUUUUCUCCGCACAAUACUUUCUAUUUU